AUGUCGGUAAAUGAAGAGAUUCGUUGGAAUACGCUAUUUAAAAAAUUUAAUGGAUUAGAAAAAGAACUUUUGAAAAUUAUGAAAAAAACACCGCCAAGCAACGAUUACACUGCAAAAAGAGUGUGCAAAUCUGGAGAUAAUUUGAAACAUAAAAUGCUCAUUCCAAUUAACAAGGAACAGAAAAAGAAAAGAAAAAUGGGAAGAAAUCAAGAAACUAAUUGUAACGAAAAAACUAUACACAAGACAGACACUACGUCAUUAGAGUCAAGCGAAAUGAUAAAUAAAAAACAACAUCGAGAUUGGCUCAAUUUCAUGGAACAAAAUAUGAAAGAUGAAUUAGAGAAACUCCAAAAAGAAGAUAAACAUAUUGAAAACGUGGUAGUUACACAAAUCAACGCAUUUUCAAAAUUUAUGAAAGAAAUUUUGUCACGAUUGACCUCAAUUUAUUGUUCAUUAAUAACAGCUGAUACGAAAAAUUGCCAAUUCAACGGAGGAACAUUGAAAGAAAAUGAAGCAGUGCAACAUACAAAAGAAUUAUUACACAAAUUAAAAGAUACGUGUGACGAUAUGAAAAAUCUUUUCACUACAAUUACAGAGAAGACUAUAAACAACGACAUAGUAGCGGCAUUUAUAAAAGGAAUCGAAGAAACGAAAAUAAAAGAAACUAACGAAUCUGUUCAGUAUAUUCUCAACCAAAUUAUUUCUACAUAUGAGAACAUUACAGAAAAACAUGUGAAUACGAUAGAUUCUGGAAUACAGAAAAAAAUAAAUGUAGUAACAAACGAUAUAAAUACAAUCACAUUUCCCAUACAAGAAGUACUCGAAAAAUUGAAAGUGGCGUACGAAAAUGUGAAAAAGACUUACAAUAAUACUAUACAAACACUAAAAAAUAACGAAACUGAUAUAAAAAUGUGUGAAAGUGAUUUAAAAGAGAACGAAAAGACACUUUUUAACGUGGAAAAACCCAUAAGACCGUCGAAAAUACCUAUUUAUUCACCGAAAAAUAAAUUAAAGAGUAUUGAUCAUUUGAAGAAUCAAAUUUCGACGGUUUCGAAUGUUAAAAAAACAAAAAAUCAAAAAGAAAAGAUCGAGAAACAAUCUGAACAAAAAUUAGACAAUGAAAAGUGGUUAAAAUGUUAUAAUGAAAAAGUGAAUCGAGAAUUAAUAGAUAAUGUGAAAUCGAGAGAAAAUAAAAGAAGAAUUAGUGUACAGGAUGUAUUAAAACAACUCAAAAACACUUACGAUAAAAUGAAAUUAGAGUAUAGAACAAUUUCCCGACAUUUAAUUGAAAAAAAUAUUGAAGAUGAAAUAAUAGAAAGAGGAAUAUUUAUAAGAGGAUUAGAAAGAGCGAAAAAAGAAAAUGAAAUUUGUGAAAAAAAUAUAAAUAAAAGUGUUGUUGGAGAGAAAAUUGGAAUUGACCUUUUGGAUGGAAAUGGUUACGAAAAUGUGGAAAAUAUACACAAUUUGAGUACUAAAUCGAGUAAAAGUAAGAUUUUGAAAUGUUUAGAAUCGCUAAGAUUCUUGAGUCCGAAUAAAAAAAAUUAUUACAUCAAAGGAAAUCACACGCAUUUUAGUAAUAAAAAUAUUUUCGCACAAUUUGUCGUAAACCAUAUGGGAAAUGAAAAAUCAGAUGAAUCAAUUCAGCUUAAAAUAGAAGAUUUAUACGAAAAUAACAAUUUAAUAGAUGAAAAUAAAAUGAAUAUACAAGAAGAAAUGAACAACCUAGAAACAGAUAGGAAAAAAAUUGAACAAGAAAUGAGUGAUAUAGAAGCUAAACUUUCUACUUUCAAAGUUUAUAAUGGAGAUAUUCUAUUACAAUUAAUCGAUGGGAAUAUAGCAAAUGAAUAUAUUAGUAAUGAUACGAAUACAAAUAUAAAAACACUCAACACCAAACAAACUGUAUCGAAGCACUACGCGAAACAAAGUAAAAUGAACCCCUCAAAUAAAUUAGGUACAGUUAUGUCAAAACGUAACUGUCAACGUCAAUAUAUGAAAGAAGAACAAAUACAAACAGUAGACGAUAAAGAAAGUCAAAUAGAGUUGGAUGAUUGCGUAUCGAGACCUUUAACAAGAAUAAUGAAAGAUGAAACUAAUCAAACUGAACAAGAAAUUGAAGAUAAUGGAAUAAUUAGGAAAGCAGAAGAACAACUAGAUAGAAUAGAUUCACUACUAAAUAGAAGUGUUAUAAAUAAGAAUCGUAGUAUAGUGGAAGUAGCAGAAGAGCAAAUCCAACGUAUUGAAAGAUAUCUAUCGAAAUAUAGCAAUCGGUUUGAAAAAGAAGAAGAAUGUGAAGAAAUAGAUUUCGAACUUGAAAAUCAUAAGUUUGAUAACAUUCGACAAUAUAAAAGUACGAGUGAAGAUACUUUUAUGAAAUAUCCCGAACCUUUAUCACAAAUAUGUAAUAGAAACGUAGAAGGACAAGGAUCGGGAGAUAAACCGAUUGAUUUUAAAAAAAAAUUAAAAGUUGUUAAGCUACCUAAUCAAAGCUUGUAUGACUGGCAAUCUCCAGAUGAUAAAGAACAAAUAAAAUAUACUAUAAUGCGCGCAGAACAUGGAAUUGAACAGAAAACUAAAAAUCUUUUAGAGAAUUUGGAUACGAAUGAUAGUGGAGAAUACAUCGGGUUUCCUAAUGUAUUAAAUGAACCUAGUAAUUUCAAUCGAAUCGUGAAUAAAUUGAAAACGUAUUCGGUAACGGAAGGAAAAAAUAGUGAAUUAAAACUUGUGUUAAGAACGGAAAAAGAAACUUUCGAAGAACUUAAACAGGUGCUAUUAGAAAAAAUCGAUAGACUGGAUAAUAUUAACAGUAUUUUAAAAAGAAUCGUGGAAAAUCGGCAAAUAAAUAGUGAAGAAUGUGAAAAAGAAGAUCAGUAA